AUGGGGUCGGCUGAAAGAAGCACCGGAAAGUUUGAUCUAGACGAUGCAUGUCGCCUCAAGUCCAAUCCCUCGUUGAUAGGACACGUUUGUAGAACUCAUUAUGAUAUUGAGAAUCAUGAACCGCUUGGUGAUCUCUUGGUUUUAUCCCACACCUCAGUGCCAGACAAGAUCCUGGUGGAGUUUUUGAAAACGGGUGCGCCACCAAAUGACUAUGUUUUCGUCAGCUUUAUCGAACCCUCCCAUGGCUGCUCUCUCAUACGAGAAGAUGACCUCGAGCUGGUCGACCGAGUAUUAGAGAUGGGACAGGCUGUCAAGCGACAUCUGGACAGCACGGUCAGCGGUACGGUCAUCAGCUCUUCCGCCAAGUGUAGUCUUGAGCCGAUUGCUUAUCGAGUGCUGGAUCCACGAACUGGGGAAUACGGUCCCGUCAAGUUUGCAGAAAAGGCUAAAGGUCGUCAUGCUUCCACGCCACCUGUCCAUGCUGAGGACGCAGACCCUCCAUCACUACAUGACGUUCCGAUGUCAGAACUCAAAAACUACGAACAAUUUUCCGAAGGUGACUAUAUCAUAUAUCGACAGAAAGUAGGGGUUAUUAAUCAGAUUGAUCGGGACGCAAUCCUACUUCUCCCGAACAAGAAAACCGUUUCGCCCAUCGACCCCUACGGGAUGGAACUUCCCCUCUUGUCCGAUACCAAAAAUGUCGUAGCCAUGCCUAAUCACCCAGAUACGAUCCAUUCGUACCCUUUGGACAGCGGUGGCUUUCUCUGGACGUCAGAGUCCGAAUCACUGUUCCCCGGUCAAUUUGCCAUCACUGCAAUGUGUAACUUGACUCGAGGAGACCUGAUCUCAGAUGCAGGCUCACAGGUGGAUCCAGAAGGUUAUAUCUUGGACACUCCUGCUACGGACUACCAUAUCGACUGGGUUUGCCCCAACGUUUUUGCUGUGGGGUUACCGUAUAGUAGUGCGAACAGUGAAAUGCUGAGGGCUUCUGUACUGAAUGAUAAUGCUGUGAAGUGCGACUUCGGUCAGUUGCCUAAAGAGGCAUUGAAUAAAAAGGGUGUCAACUCAGACGUCUGGCUUAAAAUUGGAGACCGGGUCCGUUUUCGGGACCCGAAGGAUGCAGAUACGAAGUACCCUCCAUUUAAGUGUAUUCCAGUCGAUGAGUCCUUUGGCUACGAUAUAAAUGUUCUUCGCAUAACGGCCACUAAAACCGAGGUCACAGUCCAAUGGCAAGACGGGAGCAUAACCACUGAAGAAGCUACUGCCCUGCAUAAGUUCUCCAGCGCUGAUGAUGAGGUAUGGCCUGGAAACCUUGUCGUCUUGAAAGACGGAGUAGAGACUAUUCAUGAACCUCUUCCUGCCAAUGUUGGUCCUAUGCCUGCUGGACUUGCUGAGUCAAUGAUGGAAUCCCUUCGUCUCAAGAAGAUCGGUGUGGUCCAAACCGUGGAUGGCAGGGAAAGAAUAGCAUCCGUCCGUUGGUAUGAAAACCCAGAUGUUGUGCUAAUGCACCAGGGCAAUAUGUUGAAACCUGGUUCGUCUCUUGGUAAGCUUGGGACAACGGUCACUGAUGUGUCUAUCUACGAGCUUAAAUCAUACUCCUGUCUGGCGAAGUCGCUCGCUGAUCUGGUGCUUCUUGUUCCCAAAACUGUUCACCAGUCGGCAAUGCCGACGACUAACUCGAACUCAACUUUCAAGGCUGCUGGACCCUGUCAGCUGAGCUUCCUCUUUCCGAUCACGUUCUUCGAGACUUUUCUUUAUCUCGAGGCCAUGAAAUUGAAAAUUGUAGGAUCUGAGUGGUUCAAAAAGACGACCUCAAUUGAUACAUCUCCAGCCCCGUCCCGGUUCAGUGUCCAUCACGAUGAGUUCAGUGUCAAAUCGCCAGCCAAUUUCAUCGGAAAGGUUGUUUCCAUGGACACCGAUGGUGUGAUCACUGUUCGGCUUGCAGGUGCGGACAAUUGCCAUGAUAUCCGUGUUCCACUGGAGAGGAUGAUGCUGGUGCUUAAUGAAGGGAAUUCCAUGCCGCUUCUUCCAUUUCCACCACUUGAUCUUCUAGGUCAUGGUCAACACAGUCUGUUUGGACCGUUGAAUGAUGCUCUAUCCAAUCCACAAUUUGGAGCAUUUGAUGAUGACCCUAGUGAUCUGUACGAGGCAAUGUUUGAUUCCAUGUACGACCGACCAACGUACGGUUCACCAUUUUCGGGAGAUGAUCAUCCACUGUUUGGGCGAUUUGAUGAGUAUGGCCCGUCAGUCAGCCGGACCUUUGAAUAUGAGGGCGGCCAGCGUCUCGAUGAUGAUGGCAGGGAGGAUGAUUGGCUCACGGAGGACGAGGAUCUUGACGGAACAGAUGGUAGCCAUGUUGAUUCAAUUGGCAACAACGAGGACAAUAUUGAAGUGCCCGACGUGGCGGACAUUAACCCUCCUGAGAAGUCUGGUACUAGCGGAGAGACCAAGGAUCCCAAAGAUAGGGCUAGCGCUUCCCAAGUUACGGAAAAGCCGUCGGCCCUAUCAUCCAGUUUGCCCUCUGAAUGUCCUCCGGCAUUCUCUUUGUUGGAAGGUUCGCCUCCAUCUGAUCAUCACUUCCUUUGCCAAAGCCCAACAGGGGCUUCCGGGAUAUCAAUCAAGCGCAUCCGCAAGGAGUUCGAGAUCCUGCGGUCUUCACUUCCUCCUGGGAUUUUCGUCCGGGCAUGGGAAUCCAGGAUGGAUCUGUUGCGGGUUCUAAUAGUCGGGCCUCAGGGAACCCCCUACGAGCAUGCACCGUUUGUGAUUGACUUCCACCUUUCAAAUCAUUUCCCCAACCGACCCCCGUCGACCUUCUUUCACUCAUGGACCAAUAUGAACGGAAGGAUUAACCCCAAUCUGUACGAAGAUGGUAAAAUCUGCCUUAGUAUCCUGGGUACCUGGCCCACGCAAAAUCCGGACGAAAGCUGGUCACCCGUCAAAUCGACUCUACUGCAAGUUCUGGUUUCGAUCAUGGGGCUUGUACUGGUCAAAGCGCCAUUCUACAACGAGGCGGGAUACGAAGCCUUUGCUGCCGAGGGCAAUAAACAAGUCGAAUCUAUACAAUAUUCCGAGAAGGCGUUCCUGAUUACUCGGAAGUUUAUUCAGCAUGCACUGGAACAUCCCGUUGCAGGCAUGGAAGACGUACUGACGUGGCAUUACUUCCCCAACUUGAAGCAACAGGAGGAGAGUUGCGUGCGCCCGCAACUGCUGCGUCGGGCUAUUGAAGGGGCUCUUAGUAUGAUCGAGCAUCAUAAUCGUACAUCUACCGUUGAAAGCAUUGGUGAGGAUGAUGUCGCAUCGGCCUUCGUCCCACGUCUCAGUCUUGGGGCGGUGGUCCUACUGCGGAAGCAUAUUCAUGCUCUCGAACAGAUCGAGUCCACCAUGAGUGCUUGA